GGGACAUCGUGCGGAUCGAACGUCUGGCGCUGCGUUCACGCGACUCGUACGCUGCAGGGAACCAGUUACCAGUUACCAGUGAGUCCAGUGACUACCGUGAACAGUGACCAGUGAUUCAGACAGUGAACGAAUAACAGCCCGAGAAUUGUUGCAUUUACGGAAUCGCAUGGAUAUUGAAAAAGUUUUAUGAAGAAGAUGCGAAGGCCCGUCUCCUGACAGAGUCCAGACCCAGAUCCCCAGUCCAGUUGCGAGUCCUUGGGAGGGGCUCCGAUCUGAUUUGCAGGAUUGAGCAGGCCGAGCGAUAACCAUAACUGGAAUAGCGGCCAAAGCAAUUUGAAUUUGUGCAUGCAGCGCAGGGAGCGAGAAAGAGAGCGCUGCCGUGUACACACUCUAUCUCUGUCUGUUUCCGGUCGCCUGCAACUGUGUGAGUGCGUGUCCGUGUUCGAGCUGUGUGUGUGCGUGUGUAUUUCGUGUAAAUAAAUGCAAUGCAAAAGGGGAAACAGAAAUAGCAACAUCAGAAGAAACAGGAAUAACAAGCGAAAUGUCAAAAAGUGCAGUUAAGCGUGGAAAUUGCAUUAAAAAUUGAGCAAAAAAUUGCGAAAAACAAAAAAGUGGCGAAAAGACAAAAAACGGAACAAACAAAGACGCAAAGCGAAACGCUGGAGUUAACGAGCGCUAAAAGGCAAAAAAAAAAGCUGAAAAAAGAAAAUCAAGCAGACAGACAGAAACAGAAAAAAGAAUAAAGUUUUGAUUGAAAUUUUCAUUGUGCUUUCAUCCUUUCUGGAUUGUGUAAAUUUCUGAUUAAGUCACACGACACCCUCAACAAAACGCGUGGCGCGAAAAGUAAAAUAAUAUACCCUCCCUUCCUAAAAAAGGAUUUCACACAACUCCAUUCGAUCUAUCGAAACUUGGCAGCAAAUAUCAAAUAUCGAAGAACUUUUUCCGUAAUCGAGCAACAAAGCAAUUGGCAGUUCGUGUUUCAUUAUUUUUGUCAUGACAGUUCGGGCCUACGUUUUGCUAUAUUUUUUAUUGUUUAUGCACAGCAAGAUCGCCGUCUGUGGUUGCCCUGGCCAUAAACAACCCAACUGACUGAUACACAAAAUUGAGCCGUGAACACUGAAAUUCGAGUGCGAGUACGAGUGAGUCGGGCAGGAAAAGUCAAAGUCAGCAGGCAGCAGGCAGCAGUUGGAACUGGUAGUCUCACAACCCACCUAACGUCCACACAAAACACCCCGAGAACUCGGGUCGUUGACAAAGUAACGCAUUUAGUGAUAAGAGCCAAACGACUUUGGCGAAAUGAGCAGCCAGAACACCAGGAGCACCAGGAUCCAAGGGGGCCCCAGGAGCAGGAGGAGCACAAGGACGAGCAGCAGCAGCAGCACGGAGAUGGGCCAACUAUUGCUCCUUAUCGGCAUGGGAGUCGCAUCAUGUUUGCCGGGAAUCGAGGGCUUCCAGCGAUUCUCGGAGCAGCCCAAGUACACGGAGGUGAAUCCCGCCGAGGACACGCUGCUCACAUGCAAAGUUAUCGACAAGCGCGGCACGUGCUCCUGGCAAAAGGAUAACAAGCCCGUUGGCAUCUAUACAAAGAAAUACGAAUGGGCCUCACGUAUCCCGAGUAGCGACAAUGGGAACGUCCUGCAUCUGGACCUCCACCCGCCGGCGGUGCAGCUUGGCGGCGACUGCUCCCUGUGGAUCCGCUCCGCCACGCUGGACUUCGACGACGGACUGUGGGAGUGCCAAGUGACGGCCAGUGACUUCACCACCCAGGAUGCCCUCACCAGCCAGCCGGUGCGACUUGUCGUACGUGUGGCGCCGCAGCGGCCGAGGCUCGAGUACGAGGCGGUACACGUGCCGCCAGGACACAACAUCACCGCAGACGCCGGCGCCCUGGCGACGGUCAAGUGCGUCUCGCACUACGGCAAUCCGCCGGCCACUCUCAAAUGGUUUUUGGGCGACCAGGAGAUAUCGCCCAUCCACCCGCAAAUGAAUGCCACCGAGCCGGAUAAUCCACGCACCUGGUCGGCCACCUCGGUGGUGCAGGUGUCUGCGAUGCGGGAGCGCCACGGAGAUAUCCUGCGGUGCGCCGCCUUCCACGAGUCCUACACGGCCAAAUCGGUGGCGGUGGAGGCCCGCCUGGACGUGAAAUACGCGCCGAGCAUCCGUCUAAUUGGCUCGCCGGAAAUCGACUUGGAGGAGGACAAGGAUGCGCUGGUCCUGCGCUGCGUGGCCGAUGCCAAUCCGCCGGCCAGCAUCGUCUGGCGGCGGGCCGGUCGCUCCGAGAUAGCCAGCUUGCAGGAAACUCUGCAAUUGCGUCCCGUCGGACGGCGCGAUGCCGGAUUGUACACCUGCCAGGCGCAGAACUCGGUGGGCACCUCCGAGCAACUCUCGGUGCAGUUGGAUGUGAAAUAUCCUCCCAAAAUUAUUUCAGCUGGCCCGGAUCGUCUCACCACCGCCCCGCUUUUUAGUCCUGCCGCCUUCGAGUGCCUGGCUGAUGGUAAUCCCCUGCCAUCCUUCAAAUGGGUACAGAGAAUGGCCCACGGAUCCAAGUACGUGGAGCGGGGCUCGGAGUCCAGAUUGGUCAUCGACAACGUCACCUACGAGUACCAGGGCGAGUACGAGUGCCGGGCGACCAGCUACAUCAAUGGCCAGGAGCGGGUGGCCAUAUCCGAUCCGGUGUCGCUCCAAGUUGUGGGUGCCCCCCAGGUGCUGCGCCUCCAUCCAUCCCUGCACACCGUCUCCGUGAAGCGAGGAGAGUCGGCCACCCUGACGAUGGUCGUCUGUGCGGAUCCGCGGCCACAGCGCGUCGCCUGGGAAUGGGGAUCUCUGCGUCUGGAGGCCGGCUCGGGCAUCGAUCGCUUCCGGGCCGACGACAUGCAGCCGGACACUCGGGAGGACUGCUACCUGUCCACGUUGCACAUCCUCCACGCGGACGAGCACGACUCGAGGCCCUACUACCUGGUGGUGGAGAACGAGCGGGGCACCGAUCGUCAUGCCAUACACCUGAUUGUGGAGGGUACGUUUGCAGAACCCUACGAGAUGAGCUACCUGAUGGGCGUGGCCGGGGGCUGCAUGGCCGCCAUCCUACUGCUGGUUUGCCUCUGUAUCUAUGCGAUCAAGAGCAAGAGAUGCUGCUUCAAGGGUUCCACGGGCUAUAAAUCAUCGGAUAAAGACAGCGAGAAAGCUGAUUUGAAAUCACGCUCGGAUAGCACGAGUGGCCCUCAAGGUGAUUCGAUUUACACCACGCCUGCGGGCUUCCAUCAUCACCAGCAGCAGCAGCAGCAGCAACAACAGCAGCAGCAGCAACAGCAGCAGCAGCAACACGCCGCAGCAGCAGCAGCAGCGGCCCUACACGCCGCAUCAACCCAACAUGCGCAGCAACAGUACCCGGGACACGGAUCGCCGGAGGCAAUGAAGUCGAGUUCCCAGGCCAGAAGCAGCGGUCACGACGAACUGGGCAACCUGCUCUGGCAGCACGACUCAUGCGAGUUCCUCGAGCAAUAUCCCCCCGAUUCCAGCUGCCCAGUGCCGCCCCUGCGCCACUGCCACGCCCCCGGCCAUGGGCAUGCCACCAAGUCGCUGACCAGACGCAAUGCGGAUCUCUUUAGCGGGGAUCUUGGGAUACCCGAGAUCAGCACGCAUGUGGGCAGUGUGGUGCACACGUUCGAGACCCUGGCACUGCAACGUCGCCUGGCGGAGGAGGAGGAUCGGCAUCCGGAGAGGGAGCUGAGUAAGUAUGAAACGACGACGACCACCGGCGGCACCACCCAGAGCAAGUACAGCCAGCUGAAGCGCCGCUCGCAGGAGAUGCGCCAGCGGCUGGUGCAGCAAUUGCACCGCCAGCGCUUGCAGCAGCAGCAACACCUGCAGCAGCAACAUCACAGCCAGCAACAUCAGCAAAAUGCACGCUCACGCACACAGUCGCAGCCACAAAAGCAGCAAUCCUUGCACGAGGGGGUCUUGACCAACAGUUGCAGCACCCAAACCCUGGCCUCCGGCUUCUGGCAGCCGGCACAGCGAGUGGAUCGCUCCCGGGAGCAGCUGCAGCAGUCCACCUUCGAGGACUAUCGCAAGAAUCUGUUCGGCACUUUGGGCAGACAUGCCAGCCUGGAGGACAACGAGGAGCUGCAGGACGAAUCCUUCAUAGUUAAUGCCGCUUUCGAUGAGAUAUUCUCCUGCUACGAUGACGAGAACGAGGAUGAGAAGGGAACGCAGACCCAAACGCAGACCAAUACCGAUGAUCUCUUCGAGGACGAGCACAUGCUGGUGAGCCUGAGCGAAUUGGAUGACGAGGUCUUCGCCAGCAGGGCGCAAACGGCCUCGACCACGCCCACCGCCAGUGCGGGCGUGGGGGCGGGGCGAACCCCCAAGCAUAGUACACCCCAAUUGAAUCUCAACAAGUAUCCCGCCCCCUCGCCACCCCGCUCCCGCACACUCACCAAUCUCUUCGAGCGUCUCAAGUCGCAGGACAACAAGACGCUGCAGAAAUAUGCUGGCGAUGCGGCGCUCAACAGGACGGAAGACUUCAACAGGGGCUCCACCGUCAGCAAGUCCUUUGUGCAGCAGCUGAGAAAGCCCUCCCACAAGCAGAAACGGGCGCCCAGACCUCCACCCAAGCCGCAGUCCCGCUCCCAGGUGGCCAUCGCCCAUGUCACGCCGCUCCGCAAGGCCCUAAUCUUCCCCAAGCGAUCCAAGUCCUCCAGCGAACUCCUGCUCGAUGAUCUGAGCGUGCAGGCGCGUAAGUAUCAGCGAAGGAUUGAGCAGGGAUCAGCGCUAUAAGAAGGACCCGUGGGCACCCCGUUAUGCACCUGUUUCUCACCUGUUGACCUGUUGUUUGCUCCCCCCGCACCUAGUAUUAAAUCGAUUUCUUUCGUAUUUCCCUUUACCCAGAGGCGACGCUUUUGUAGACUAAGUGUGACCCCCCAAAACCAAAAAACGACCCGACCCCCUUACCUUCGACUCUGAUCAUGAUCCCCAUAACGAACCCGAGUCUGAUGUAGAUGUGGAACGAGUGCAGCUUAUCCCGCCGCCAUAAUGGAAGACAAAGAUACGACUACGAUCCGAAGCAAAACCCAAAGAGAAUUGAGCCAUACGAGGAAUAGCACCCGAAGAACUUAACUAAUUUCGUAAUUUACCCGUAAUUAAAUUAAGCAAGUACAUUACUCGAAAAUGCAUGAAAAUCAAAUCAAACGAUGACUAACCGUAUUUAUAUAUAAAACCAUAUAUAAAUAUACGUAUACAUUAUUGUACAAAUAGGAUCGAAGAUGCCCCGAGAGCGGGUUAGAUAUGGAAAUGAAAAAAUCAAAACGACAAAUUGUGCUCCCAACCUAGUUAUAAACGAGUACAAGUUUGUCUCUUCAAUUAUAAUUUAACUUCAUCAAAGAAUAUACCAUACAAUCCCGAUAUACAUCUAUACAAUAUUCGGAUAUAUAUAGCAUAUAACUGCGUCACUUGUUGUAACUUUUAGGAUAAUUGCAAAUCAAAGCAAAUGUAAACCAAUUACAAGAAGAAUUACUAACUCUUACCUGCAUGCAAUAAAAAAUUAUAAAAAACAAACUA